AUGAUUUGCUUGUGGUUCCUGUCUCUUCUUGCCUAUGGACUUACAAUACUGCAGAGGGCGAAUUGUUGGACAUACCAUUAUUCAGACACAAACAUGACGUACAGGGAAGCAGAGCUGUGGUGCAAAAAGAGGUAUACUAAUAUGGUUGCCAUUCAGAAUAAGGAGGAAAUCAACUACCUCAAUAACUUCUUACCCUUCAAUCCGGGUUACUACUGGAUUGGAAUCAGAAAAAUUAACGAGGUAUGGACCUGGAUUGGAACUAACAAAGAACUGACAGAAGAGGCAAAAAACUGGGCUUCAGGUGAGCCAAAUGGCAAAGGGAACAACGAGGACUGUGUUGAAAUCUACAUCAAAAGAGGGAAGGAUGAUGGCAAAUGGAAUGAUGAGCAGUGUGAAAAAAAGAAGGUCGCUUUGUGCUACACAGCUUCUUGCAACUCAUCUCUCUGCAGUGGCCGUGGAGAAUGCAUAGAAACUAUUAACAAUCACACCUGCCAUUGUAACCCUGGAUUCUAUGGGCCUGAAUGCGAGUUUGUUGAGAGUUGUGAUCCACUAAAGCAACCCUAUCAUGGGAGCCUCGAGUGCAACCAUCCGUUGGAGAACUUCAGCUACAAUUCAUCCUGCACAGUUCAGUGUGAGGAAGGCUAUGAACUGACUGCAUUGGAGUCUGUGUACUGUACCUCUUCUGGGAUCUGGUCUGCCCCCCUUGCAGAAUGCAAAGCUGUGACCUGUCCUGCCUUAGAAAUGCCUGCUCAUGGUGCUGUGAACUGCUCCCAUCCCUCUGUGGAGCUCACCUGGGGUACUACCUGUGAGUUCACCUGUGAGGAAGGCUUUACCCUGACAGGACCAGCCACACUGCAGUGUGGGUCUUCUGGGGCCUGGGACAGGCAGCAGCCAUCCUGUGCAGCUGUGAGGUGUGAGGCUGUAACCUGGCCAGAGGAAGGCUCUGUGACCUGUGACCAUGCUCCUGCAGAUCUCACCUAUCGCUCAGGUUGUCAUUUCCACUGCAGUGAGGGCUAUUUUCUGGAUGGCCCGUCCAGCAUUGAAUGCACAGCGGAGGGACAGUGGUCAGAGUCGCUGCCAAAAUGCAAAGCUGUGACCUGUCCUGCCUUAGAAAUGCCUGCUCAUGGUGCUGUGAACUGCUCCCAUCCCUCUGUGGAGCUCACCUGGGGUACUACCUGUGAGUUCACCUGUGAGGAAGGCUUUACCCUGACAGGACCAGCCACACUGCAGUGUGGGUCUUCUGGGGCCUGGGACAGGCAGCAGCCAUCCUGUGCAGCUGUGAGGUGUGAGGCUGUAACCUGGCCAGAGGAAGGCUCUGUGACCUGUGACCAUGCUCCUGCAGAUCUCACCUAUCGCUCAGGUUGUCAUUUCCACUGCAGUGAGGGCUAUGUUCUGGAUGGCCCAUCCAGCAUUGAGUGCACAGCGGAGGGACAGUGGUCAGAGCCGGUGCCAAAAUGUAAAGCUUCUGAACAAGCCAGCUAUGUCUCUGUGGGCAUAGCAGCCACAAGUGCCUCUUUGUUGUCCACAGCAUCAUUCCUCCUUUGGCUUGCAAGAUGUUUACGAAGAAAAGCAAAGAAGUUUAUUCCUUCCAGGUAA